AUAAUACUUUUAAAAAGGAAAAGCUAGCUAGUUCCCAGGAUUUCCAAUGCUAAGCUAAGCUAAACUGUUGCUAAGCUAAACUAAGCUAAGCUGCCGGUGGCUGUGGUCAUACAUUUAAUGUAAAUGGUAUUGAUCUCAUGUAUCACUCUGCCAGAAAUCCAAUGUAUGCACUGAAUUUUAUAUUUUAUAUUUUUACAUUUAAAAAAUGAAUCGUUUAUACGGGUUUAAAAAAACUGUGAAGUUUAGAAACCUCAGGGACGUUGAACUUGGUUGUAUGAAUGUAACUUAUUACUGGGUGGGUGAUGCAAUUAACUGCUAUUCAGUGCCAAAAAUGCUUUUGUCUUCCUUUUUGAUUAACCAAUAAAAUGUAUGUAAAAUAAAACUUAUGAUGAGCAAUAGGCAGUAUUUCGACCGAAGUCCUGUGCAAUAAAAAGGUCUUGUGAAAUUGGAUACUUGAUCUGUAUGAACAUGCUGAGCACACACAACACACCCUGCUGCAGGCACACAGAUGAUUUGUUUAUGCGUUUGCAUGCCAACUCGUCUCUGGAGUGAAAAAUGUGAACGGUUGGGAGUAUGAACAGAAAUGAAACUUAAACUCUAGGAGGAAGUCCAAAAGGAAGGACACACACUCACACACACAUCAGGAGUAAAGGGAAACGGAGACAGAUGCCUUUGAGAUCUCAUUAGCUGAAAGAUAUGGUCCCAACUUCAGCAUCACCCAGUGAGCCCGGCUCUCUGGGGAAGCAUCUCCACUGCUCCAUCUGCAUGGACACAUUUACGGAUCCUGUCACUACAGCUUGUGGUCACUCAUUCUGCAAGCUGUGUCUUGACCGAAGCUGUAAUAUCGGUGACAGAGGGUGCCCACUAUGCAAGAAUUAUCUAAGCAGGAUCCCUGAUGUUAAUAUAGUCCUGAGAGACAUUGUAAAACAAAUGAAAGAGAUGCAGCAGGAAGACAACGAUGAAGAAUACACUGGAGCUGCAGGGGAGGUGGCCUGUGAUGUUUGCAGUGACAAAAAGCUGAAGGCCAAGAAGUCCUGCCUUGUGUGUCUUGCAUCGUAUUGUUCAGUUCACCUGGACAAUCAUUUGUCAACAGAAAGGUUGAAGGGCCACAAGUUGGUGGAGCCGGUUGAGAAUUUGGAUGCGAGGGCCUGCUUGAAGCAUGGACGCCCCUUGGAGCUGUACAGCAGGGAGCGGCAGGCAUGCAUUUGUGUUCUCUGCAUGGAAGGUCAGGAGGAGGUUGUCUCAACUGAAGAUGAAUGGAAGAAGAAAAGGUCUGAACUUGACAACACCAAGACAGAGUUAAAUGAGAACAUUGACAAGAGAAAAACAAAGACUGCUGAGAUUGAGGAAGCUUUGAAGAGCUGCAAGGUAAGCAGCAAGUAAACUGACUUUUAGAGAAAAGUCAAUCAAACAACAAACCUUUAUUUGUCACAUACAUAAUUAUACACAGUACAACAUGUAGUGAAAUUCCUGAGUCCGAGCUGCGGACAGGCUGCAGACAUAGCUGUGCCAUUCCAGGGCUUGGUUUUAGCAUGGGGGGUCUAGGCAGGACCCUUACUGGAUACCAGGUGGGAAUCAAACUUGUGACACUGACUCCGAAUGUGUGUAGUCUUACCACUACACUAUCCAGCUGCUAUCAGACGAGUCAAAGUGAAAAUCUACCAUGUCAGUUUGUUUUUUCAAAGAUAAAAAUUGUGUUUAUGGUAACUGACUGAAUGCUGAACCUUUCUCAGAAUUAACUUCCCUAACUAAACCAGUCAAAAAGUAGUGUGUUACUCUAUGUAAUACAGAAAAAAGAGGUGAACAGUCAAAUAGACAUUCCUGUUUCAUUCCCAUUUUCAGGACCAGCUGGAAAAUGAGUGGUGGGAUAUUGACAAUGUGUUUACCGCUGUGAUCGCCAUUGUGGAAGAAGCCCGUGCCAGAGCCCAUCAGCCAAUAGAUAACAGGAG